AUGGGAAGCACCAUCCCCGACACCAAACCCCCAUCCCUAAUCAACCUGCAGCUGGGAUGGCCCUCCCCUCGCCUCUUCGCAGCAAGCGGCCUCCUCGACGGCGCAAGCCAAGUCCUCACCUCAGACUCCGAGACCGCCGCCGCCCUCAUCUACGGCCCUCACGUCGGCCACCCGCCCCUCCGCAAGAGCGUCGCAGAAUGGCUCUCCUCCGUGUACGGGACGACAGUCGACUACGAGCGAAUCUGCAUCAGCAACGGCGCGUCCGGGAACCUGGCCAACGUCUUGCAAAAGUUCACCGACCCGCUCUACACCCGCAAGAUCUUCAUGGUCGAGCCGACGUACUUCCUCGCCUGCCCCAUCUUCGAGGACAACGGGUUCCAGGGAAAGCUGCGAGGCGUGCCUGAGGAUAACGAGGAGGGUCUCGAUAUCGCCUUUCUGCGACGCGAGCUGGAGGCCGCGGAGGCGCAGGCUGUACGGAGUGCGGAAGAGGACGGGAGACCUGACAUACCUACCGUCAAGGUCGGCAAGACGUACCCGAAGAUCUACAAAUACGUCAUCUACAUCGUCCCGACUUUCUCCAAUCCGAGUGCCAAGACGCUUUCUUUGCAGAUGAGGAAGGAUCUUGUUAGUCUCGCUCGGGAGUAUGACGCCCUGGUGAUCUCCGACGACGUCUACGACUUCCUCAGCUGGCCUGAGUACCCAUCUGCCCCGGACGGAGCGGUCGGCGCCGUCCCGCCUCGGCUGGUAGACAUUGAUCGAGAGAUGUCUGGAUGCAGUCAGUUCGGAAACACUCUUAGCAAUGGCUCCUUCUCCAAGGUCAUCGGGCCUGGGGUAAGAGUCGGAUGGGCCGAAGGCACGUCAGCCUUCGCUCGGGAGCUUGCAGAGGUUGGUUCUUCAAGCUCCGGAGGCGCUCCUUCACACCUCACAUCCACCUUCGUCGAUAAGAUGCUCCGCAGCGGCCAACUCCAGUCACACAUCAAGGACACUCUCGUGCCUACCUACAGAAAACGUCACUACGCACUCAUGAAAGCGAUCGAGAAAGUAUUGGUUCCUCUGGGCGUUCGAGUAGAGGUCAACAGACCCAAGGACGCGACCAAUGCGACAGCCGGGGGUUUCUUCACAUACCUCAGACUACCAGAAGACUUGCCCGUCGCUAAGACCGUGGCCGCUGUCGCGCUCAAGGAGCAGCAGCUUCGUGUUGCGUUCGGGCACAUGUUCACGGUCACGGGCGACGAUGGCAGUGUUUCCAGAGCUGAGGCUGCGGACGGCUUCUCUCGAUGCAUCAGACUGUGUUGGGCAUGGCAUGAGGUGGCAGAGAUAGAGGAGGGCGUUGCAAGACUCGCUACUACUAUCCGGGAGAUCAGGCAGAGAAUCAAGAAUGGGGAGGACAUGAGUAGCCCUGUCACUAUCGGUAUUAGGUAG